UACUCAUCAACUACGUCUUGGCUGUCAUGGAUUGACUACAAUAUGUUUUACUAAUUUUUAAUUUCUAAAUUUCAGUUAUUAUCUAAAUUAUGAGUUCAAUGCGAUAGGUCGGCUUUGUAAUAGUGAAACAGAAAUCUAUUUAUUAUCAGACUUGUUGAUCAAAAAUGGAUGAAGACCUAAUUCUACGCGAAAUAGUUAAAAGUUUGGCGUUUGAAAUAGAGGCUGUAAACCAAGAUAAUGUAUUAACGUGGACUACUACCAACGGCACACCACUCAAUGUUAAAGUGAGAGUGAGGAACAAAGAUGAGCCAAGACUGAUCCAAAAAGGUGUGAUACCUGUUCCAAGAAUUGGCAUUACCGCACCCGAAAAACUCAGGCUUAUUUCUAGCGACCAGACUAUUCUGUCAUUCAACGUUUAUUUGGAUGGUGAAUCAGAAAAAGAGCCAAAACGUCACAAUGGUUUAAAACUAUUUAACAUUGGGAGCUGCCUAGGAACAUACAGCGAUGAUGAAGGACCAUAUUUACCAAGUUCUUCCGAACAAAAUGCCGUGGAAAGUGGCCGUUGCAGCAAAUCGGCCAGUGGCAUUUUUAAAAAGAAGCUGUCGAUGUCGCCAGUUCUCAGCUCUACGAACACAGUUACUCAUACUCAAAAAAGUUUUUUUGGCAAAUGCAAACCAGGAGGAUGCCUUGAUCCACCCUUUGAUGAAGACAGAUAUGCUUAUAGCCUCUCAAAAGCAGAUUGUCAAGAAAACCUACCACUCGAAUGUAAUAAAACUAAAAAGCUUGAUGAUAACAAAGAUACUUGUGAACCAGGUGGAUGCCUCGACCCACCUUUUAGUGAAGACAAAUACCCCUACACUGUUUCAAAAACCCAUCAACCAGUGAAACUUGAACUGUUUUCACAAUCCGCUAAGGACGAAAAACAAACACUCAGUAAUAAAUCUUCAGAAGAACAUCAUAAAACACUAGAUGAUAAGAAAACAAUAAAGGAAGAAGGUGAUUUGAAAAAACUUAUGGAUAAUUAUGCAAAAAUUCCGAGAGAAGACUCACUGGAGGCAAAAUAUUCAAAUUCUAUUAUAACAUAUCCUACUGAUGUGUCUUCUAAUGAAACGCUAUGUGAUCAAAUUCCGAAUAAAAAAAUAUCAAUAAAAAGCAAUGAUGAUGAAGCUCAAAGGCAAAGUUAUGAUAAUCCAGCAUCAUAUUUUGUUCCUCCAAAAGAUGUUAUGAGAUAUAAAGAGGAAGAACGUAGGUAUAGUAGAAGGAUUUCGUCUGACACAAUUGAUAAAAUCUGUAAAAGUACACCCCAUUACCCCAGUACAGUAGAAAAAACAAAAUAUAUGGAACAUGAUUAUAUUCCUCAAUAUGUUACACCUUCAAAAGAUACACAGAAAGAGGACAUAAAACCAAAUAAUACUGAUGAUGCUACUUUAAAAAAAUAUUAUAAUAAUCAAAGCGACAUUGUAGAAAUUGAACAAGAAAAAACUAGUUUUGUGGACAUUCCAUCAUAUGUUGCCACGAAUUCCAAAAAAGUUGGCAGUUAUCAAAAUUCUCAUGAUGAAGAACGUGCAUCAAAAUAUCUAAGCUCGACUGAAAGUAAUCCUAACAAGAAUGAAAACGAUUAUCUUGUAUCACAACAAGAAUCAGUAUCACCAAUCGACAAUCAGAAAUUAUAUUUUGAUAAAACUAAAAACCCUGAAGAAAAUGUGAAGACAAAACAAGACAAGCCAAUAGUCGAAAGAGCUGAGAUAGGGAGUAGAGAUCAGUUAAAAGAUAAACUACUUCAGUCAGAAGUUAGUUACAUAUCUGUUACACAAGCCGCAGACAGUCUUGAUGCAAAAAAAGAUGCACUAUAUAUAAAUUUGACAACGCUGGAAACAGAAAAUCCUAAAUUUCCAAAUACAUAUGGUCCUUUAAAAGACGAUAUCAAAUUGAAUUUUGGUAGUAAUAAUAAUGAUGAUAUCUCUAAAUCAUCCCUAGUUGCCGAAGCAACAAUACCUGUUCUAGCUACAGCUACAUUGCCUUUAUCUAAAAAGCAAUCAUUACAAUUUAACGACAAACUAAACAUCGGAUUAGAUAGUUUAGUGACUGAAAAAGAUGAAGCUUCAAUGAGUAAAAAGUGUUCAGAAGACUUGCUUAAAAAGUCUACUGAACAAAAACUUGAGAAUCAUGAAAAUGAACCUAAGAACUCAUCACCACAAAGUAUUUCAAGUAGUGAAAAUAAUGAAUUUGAUGUAUCUUCCGAACACAGUAUGGAUUUUAAGCAAGAACUUUCAAAUAACGUAGAAACUCGUAACACAGAAAACGCAUUAGGUCACAAAGAGAAACAAGAGUUAUUAGUUGAAAGCAUGGAUUUAACAAGUACAAAUAAUGUCAUUAUGGGCAAAAAUAUUUCGAAAGAUGAUUAUAUUAAGUCAGACCCAGAAUCCGAAAAAAAGAGACCUAGCGCAAUUCUACAGAAAAAAGCGUUUUCGGCGAAUCGUGACUUGGAUAUGGAGUACGAUGAUAUUAAUAAAACAACUGCCCUUAAACGUAAUACAUUCACGGUUAUUGCAUCUGGCACCUCAAUAGAAAAAUGCGAAGAUAUUGAAGAAAUACCAGGCAACAUAACAGAUGUAUAUUUUAAAACUACUGAUGUACCUAAAUUAAGCUCUCCUGAUUUAACCAAAAAUAGCACAGUUAUUGCAGAUACAAAAAAUAAAAAACUAGAAGGUGAGAUAAGUUCAACCCCAAGAAUCAGCCAGCCAGGAAAAAUAAAAGAUUUACAUUUAAAUGUCAGUAAUGAUACUAAAUCAACAACGAUAGAUUCACGCACGAAAAAAUUGGAAAGUACAUUUUAUGCUGAUGUUGAUGGAAGUUUAUCACAUACACACUCACUGAACUUAACUAUUAAUCAAACAGAACUCAAUACGACAUCAAAUGAAAACGAAAUAAAUACUGAUCCAUUACAUAAUCGUUUACCAGCAAAUGUUAGACAUGUAGAUACAAACAUAGGUGAAACUGUCCAAAGCCCACUCAAUAUAGAAACAUUGCUAACAAAAUACAAAGAAAAUGAAAACACGAAUGCAAAUUACAAGGAAACGGAAUUGUUACAUAAACCAGAAAAUAUACAGGACAUCUAUCUAAUCAGUGAAAAUACAAAAUCUUUAGACAUUGGAACAAAAGGUCUGGAACCACCCAGCGAGUCCGUAGAAGAUUCAUUACAAAAAACGAUACCUGAUAAUAUUCAAUAUUUGGAUGCAACAGUUUCUGUUAGUGAUAAAUCAGCUGUAAAUCAAGAAACAGCAAAUGUAUAUUUAGCCAAAAGAAAAUCGGAAAAUAUAUUGUAUACUGACUCUAACAUAUCUGUAACAAAAAACAAUACAGAUGAUUUGCGUUCAAAAAUGAUGACCAAUAGAAAAUUUGUUGCUGAAUCAUCUACGGAAAUUUUACCAGAAAAUGCAAGAGAUUUGUAUCCUGAAAUUAAUCUUGAUGAUAAUUCUGCAUCAUUUACUAAAAACCACGACCAACCAGAACCAAUAAAAACAUUAGACAUCAAACUGAAUAAUGGGAAUAAACUUAUUAACGAUGAUAUAGAUACAUAUCAAAAACAUUCACAUACUGAGAAUGGUAAAUAUUUUUCCGUUGACUCUGCAAGCAAUAGGAUAGAAGUUGUUAACUUAUAUGACAACUCAAAUGCCGAUAAAACGCCCGAGGUUGUACCUGAAUUUAUUCAAGAUUUAAAUGAUAAAAAAGAACAGAAAGAUUUUGAUUAUAACAAGCGGGAAAAGGCAAAACACGAUGACUCAAUCACAGAUUUUGUACCAAAAAUUACAUCAGAAAGUGCCGAAAUUGUGCAAGCACGCACUUCUGAUGACGAGGCCCAUACUAAUUUUGGUCAAAUAGAUAAUAAAAAUGAUCUUUUAAAUACACACAGUAAUAAAUAUCCAAAACAAAUAAAACUUGCUCAAAAUGUACCAGAAUUGCCCAAUUUUAAAAAUGAACUCUUAGAGACUCAAGAUGUGGAAUACAAUGAUUACGGAUUAGUAGACAAAACAGAAAUUGUAACAAGAAGUAACUUACCCUCUGGUGGAUAUUCGGGCUUAUUAAGUGAGGUUUUAAGCAAUAUUUCUGAAGACAGGGAAGGAGAAGAGAGGAAUAACGUAAGAAGUAAAUCUUUCACAGAAACUAUUGGAAGACAAGAGGAUUUUGUAAAUUUAGAUACUGAAGCUUAUCGUGAUUACAAAUCGUUUGACAAUGAAUUUACAAGUAUCUCCAAAGAAUCCGAAUCUAAUAGCAUAAUGUCAGAAAUAGAUGUUGGCAGUAAUUAUACUCAUAAAGCAAAGGUCGGCAGUUAUAUUAUACCAAUAAAUAACUUGAUAAAAAGUUCCGUAUCAACAUUAAAAGAUAUUGAUUACAACGUGCACAAGGAAACAAGUCCGGAAACAUUAAAAUCUAUACAAACAAUAAGUCUGUCUAAUUCCAUUGACAAGGACUAUGCUCUAUUAAGGAUAACUAGAGAUGUAUCUCAAUUAAACACAACUGAUAUGAUUGACCAACUUAGUGAAUACCAGUCGUCUCAAAUACCUGCCUCCAUACAUGAUUUAAUUGGGUUGAACAAGAAUAAUAUUAGAGCAAAAUCUAUUAGUCCUUAUGGGAAAACCACGCUUUAUCAAAAAUCCAAUACAACCAAACCGAAAGAAUCCAAUAUUGAUGCAACAGAAUCGUCUUUUUCAAAAAAUGGUACAAGUCCACUUUAUGUAGAUAUGUCGUUUUAUAGUUAUAUCGACGACAACAAACAAAGGGUUGUUCAAACACAAAGCCCACGUAUUGACAAACAAAAUCCUAGUAACGGCACAGUUACUAUCGUAAAAACAUUAAUACGACAUGGAAAUGAAAUAAGAAUACCCGUGGAUAACGAAAAUGAUAUCUCUUUGAACAUUUUGGACAAAGACGUAAGAUUAGAAAAAAGGAACAGUAUUAUCGGAUUGCCAAUAUAUCAAACUCAUCGUGAAAAAUAUGUUGUUGAUCGCGCAAAAAAACACAAAGACUGUCUCAACAAAAAUUUAGCUUUGAUAUAUGAAAGCGAACUAAUUCCUCUGCACGCUGUCAUAAAAGACCUUACACAAGAAUUAAAUACGCUAGCAUCAAACCAAGAAAUACUUCAAAUGAAAAUGCGAAAUACCAAACGGACAAAAUCUUCGAGACUGAUUCCCGUUGUUAAAAGAUGUGGAUGCAGGAGAAUUUAGCGUAAUUAUGUUUAUCUGGAAGUAAUAUGUGAUUGCGUUACUUGAAAUACAAAAGCUUGGU